UUGUAACAGUUGGGGGCGUUCGACACGAGCACGGUAGACCCCUAGACCAGGGAGCCUUCCUUCUCCUUCACCCUUUCCCUUUCUGCUGCAUUCCCUCCUCUUCCGGCAGCCGUCGCCAAAGAACGGGCGGAGCAGCUACCCAUGGUCCGGAAGGAGAUUGCCAUGAGGCUCCCGCCGCCGCACCAGGGGCUGGAGGUCAAGAUCCCCAGCUUCUUCCGCUGCCCCAUCUCGCUCGACGUCAUGCGCUCGCCGGUCAGCCUCUGCACCGGCGUCACCUACGACCGCGCUUCCAUCCAGCGGUGGCUCGACUCCGGAAACACCACAUGUCCGGCCACCAUGCUCCCGCUCCCAUCCACCGAUUUGGUCCCCAACCUAACCCUCCGCAGCCUCAUUGCCCACUGGGCCGCCUCCUGCUCCCGCACCGCCGGUUCCGCCGUUUCUUCGGUAAAAUCUUCCCCUGGUGGACUCGUUCGGCAGGUGGAGUCCUCCGGCGCCGAUCCUUCCCCCGCGCUUCGCGAUCUGGCGGCUUAUCUCUCCGACGAUGACAUUGACGAGUUCGAAAAGAAUGCUCUUCUGGGCGCCGGCGGCGCCACGGAGGCCGUCACGUCGGUGCUUCCAAGGAAGGGCGAGGAAAUCAGCGUCGAGGGCGUCGAGGCUGCUGUGAGGGUGCUCGCCGCGAUCGUGGUCUCGGAUGGCAUCGAGGACGCGAACAAGAAGCGGGUGGUCGCCGGCCUCGGCGUGGACGCGGCGGCCUCGGUAGCGUCACUGGCGCGCGUGCUGCGGGGCGGCAGCGGCCUGGAGGCGAGGAUCGACGCGGCGGGGCUGGCGGAGUUCUUGCUCGCCAAUGCUGCCGACGAGGCGAAGAUGGCGGCGGCCGAGUCGUCCGAGCUGGUGGCCGAGCUGAUACGGCUCGUGGGUCCCGUCGACGAGAAGGGCACCCUGGACAGGAAGGCCGUGGACACCGGCCUCUCCUGCCUGGCCGCCAUCUCCGCGUCCCGGCGCGGCGCGCGCGCCGAGAUGGUGCGCCUCGGUGCCGUCCCUGCCGUGGUGCGCGCGCUGCACGCCACGACGGAGCCCGGCGCGUCCGCGAAAGCCCUCCGGAUCCUCGAGUCCGCCGUCAGCUUCGCCGAGGGCCGUGCUGCGCUGUGCGAGGACGCGGAGGAGGCCGUCCCCGCGGUGGUCGGCAAGAUGAUGAAGGCCGGCCGCGACGGGGCUGAGGCCGCGGUGACCGUGCUCUGGGCGGUCUGCCACAGGUACAAAGACCGCAGGGCGGCGGACGCUGCGGCGGCGUCCGAGGGCGGGCUGACGAAGCUUCUGCUGCUGAUGCAGAGCGGGUGCUCGCCGGCGGCGAGGCAGAUGGCGCUGGAGCUGCUCAAGAUAUACAAGGUGAACGCCAAGAGCUGCCUCGCCGGCUACGACUCCAAGACCACCCACAUCAUGCCGUUCUGAAGAAGCGAAGCGAACGAAUGGCUUGCGAUCCUGGGCUGGUGAUGGAACGGAUUCGAUCAAUCAACUGAAUUGAAUGGAACAGGGGAUCAUGUUCUUGUUCCAGUGUUCUUUCUUGAUUUCUUUUUCUAUGUUUUUUUCAUGUAAGUUGAUAGAGAAACAAAGAAUUGGUUCAUGGAGGGAAGAAUAACAGUAAUCUGUACAUGGGUAGAGAGUUUUGACAGGGUGAGAAAAGGCAAGGGGAAAAUUUGACCAAACAAUUGAUUUGUAGGCCAAGAAGUUGCAACUGCUUACUUUCAGAAAGAUGCUGCAAUUGUUCAGA